AUGACAUCGACAAAGACGAUUCUACAAGUGAUUUCAUGUCAAGAAUUAAAAGAGCUUCUUCAAGUGUCACCACUACAGGUUGUAGUACUCGAAGCAGAUAUCGGCAAGCAAGUUGAAGCUAAUUUUAAAGAAGGUCAUAUUCCGACUGCUCAAUAUUUUGAUCAAUUGGAAUAUACCACGCCAACGGCAUUCAUUCCACGUGGUUUACCUAAUGUGAAAAGUUUCGAAGACUACCUAACACGUUUAGGAGUUUCGAAUGAAGAUCAUAUUGUUCUCUAUGAUCGUUCAUCAGCAGGUUUUUUUGCUGCUGGCCGUGCUUGGUUUUUGCUUAAGACCUAUGGUGUCGAUAAUGUGUCGAUUCUUAAUGGUGGCUUUCAAGCAUGGGUAAGAGAAAUCAAUGAAAUUGAAACGUCGGAGAAGAAAAAGUUUACCGUGAAAUUGAACGAACAAAUGGUGCGAUAUUUCGAUCAAAUGGUAUCGAAUCUCUCUUUAGACACCAAUAGCCCUCAACGUGUGCAAGUUGUUGAUGCACGACCACCAAAUCUAUUCUAUGGUACCGAGGCCGGUCAUAUGCCUAAUGCCGUGCAUUUGCCUUACGGGUCGUUGUUCGAUCAAGCUAAUCAAUACUUGAAAUCAAAAGAUCAACUGGCAGAAAUAUUCCAAAAAGCUGGUGUUGAUCUGUCGAAACCCGCCGUUUACACGUGUCAAGGUGGAGUAACAGCUAGUGUACUGGCUUUUGUUGCUCAUUUACUUGGUCAAAAAGAACAUCCCGUUUACAUGGGCGCAUUUACUGAAUGGCAACAGCGUGCUCCGGCAGAUAUGAUCAUCAAAGGCGAUAUCAAACCUGCUGUUAGUUAA